AUAUACUCGACUGGUUUUAACUUUCCGCUCUCACUCUUUUGCUCUCCAAAACCCUAACCCAGCAUCCGCAAGCCCUUGAAAGAUCUUCGCUCCAUAUCCAGAGAAGAACAGCUCCAAUGGCUACUGUACCGGUUAACCCUAAGCCUUUCUUGAACAAUUUGACCGGGAAACCUGUGAUGGUAAAACUCAAAUGGGGAAUGGAAUACAAAGGUUUUCUUGUUUCAGUGGAUUCAUACAUGAACUUACAGCUUGCAAACGCCGAGGAAUAUAUUGAUGGGAAAUGCACUGGAAGUCUUGGAGAGAUCUUGAUCAGAUGCAACAAUGUUCUUUAUCUUCGUGGUGUGCCGGAGGAUGAAGAAAUAGAAGAAGCCGAUCAAGACUAGUAGGGGUUGGUUGCGUUUCGUAUCUUUUAGUACUGAAACUAAAAGAGGCUCGUCGUUAUUUGCAUGCUUGUAUUAUUUCCAAAAGUAUACCUUCUAGCUAUAAAUCUGUCCUAAUUCACUUUUUCAAUUCUUGUAAUGAAUGUAUUAUGACUGUUUGAUAGUUAUUGCUUUGAUAGUAUAAGACCAUAUUUUGUAGUUGGGUUGUGUGGAUUUGGAUAUUAAAGUAGGAUUUUCGUGGUAACUAUUAUAAUUUAUUUGCU